AUGAUUUAGAAGAAAUGUUCAAAGUUUAUUAGUAAACUACAUAAUAUUCUUGAAGUAAUUUAUCUAUCAUAAUGCAGAAUCAAAUGAGUGAUGUCAUUCAUUGGAAUGAGGAUGGUGACGCUAUACAAAUUAAUGAUAUUGAAAAAUUGGUUAAAACAGUAUUAAGUGUCCACUACAAACAAACUAAUUUUUUCAGUUUCUCGAGGUAUGAUUCUUUUAUAUCUUAUCAGAUAAUUGAAUCAGUAUGGAUUCCUAAAAUAAAGAGUUGGAAAAAACAUUUAUAUUUUUAAGCAUGUUCACUUCAAAAAAACUAAAAAGUAAUUAAAAACAAUUUAUUAGAGGGAAGAUCUCAUUAAUAUCGUUAGUUCCCAUAAAAUUAAAUCCUUUAAAAUAUAUUAAAAGGAAUUUGAAGAUGAUAAUCUUGUUAACAUUAAUUAAUAAAACUCUUUGACAGCCUCUUUGAAAGAACUUUAAAACUAAUAAAAGAUUAUUUGUCAAUAAUUUUCAUAAUAAAUUGAAUUAUACUCACAAAUUAAACAGAUCAUUAUUUUUCUUAAAAAAGUAAUAUAUAUAAUAUCAUAUAGACAAUUUAUGAAUGUGAUCAUAAUAUAGAUAAUUAUUGUUUGAGAGCAUAAUUGCAUCUUGUCAAAGCAAUGAAUUUAAUACCAAAUGAUGAACAGCAUUAAUAAGAAAUAGAACUUAUAAAAUAAAUUUUAGAAUAGUUUUCAAAUAUUUAUUUGGAAUAUGAUAAUUAAAAUUCAAUUAGUUAAAGAAGUUUUAAUCUUUCAGUAAAAUCUCAUACACCUUUACCAUUUUAUCAAAAUCAAUAGCAAAAUUUAAAAUAACCUAGACUUGUUGACUCAAAAAAUACAUAAUUAUAACAAAAUAUCUCCAAUUAUUUAAUAUGGUUAUAAUAAUAGUAUCAUGAAGUAUCAUAACUUUAGGGAAAUCUAAAAUGA